GGAGAGAAAGUAUUUAUACGUGGAAACCCAAAUCGGGAGAAAACCACUAGCCUUUUUAGGCGGUGCCAUGCCAAAGGGGAGGAACUUUUAUUAAUCUCGGGGCAAUUUACAUAUACAUCAUUGUAGGAGCUUGGAGCCAUUAAUGGAGCUCCAAGCUAAAAGAAAAAGAAGAAUGAAGAAUAGUAGUGGAACUUGUAGGAUGUCUGGCCUCCCCCCCGAAUGAGUCAAGAAACCGCACACGGACAAGGCAACAAUGAACACGUAAGUGUUCACACUGAAGCAUCUAGCUUCACCCCUCCUAUCCAAAACGAGCCUAUCAACCAAGAGGAUGUUCCUCAGAACAAUGCGAAUGCUGGUGGUCAACCUGACUACGCAAUUCCUGUUUUCUUGGCAAACUUGCUUCAACAAGUGGCCAAUGCUCCAAUUUUUCAACCACCACCGCCGCCGCCACCGCGUGUAAUCACUUUCAAAUUUCUGAAAGAUAAUGGAGCAGAAGAGUUUCUGGGCGAUCGAAUCGCCAAACCUCAAGUUGCUUGGAAUUGGAUUGAACAAAUCCCUAGAGUGUUGAGAGAUCUAAACGUACCUCUCAACAACUACCCUAGGUUCGUAGCACAGUUACUUCGUGGAGAAGCCUACGAAUGGUGGAAACGCACCGAUGAGAGCAACGAAACCCCGAAACCAUGGACGUGGGAGUUCUUCGACUGGGCUUUCAAGAAAGAGUAUAUCCUAGCACGUUUCCGUGAAGAGAAACGUACCGAAUUUGUGGAGUUACGACAAAGAGAUAUGACGCUUCCCGAAUAUCGCCAAAAGUUUGUCAGUCUGGCCAAAUUUGCACCGACAUUAGUAAGCACCACGACUGACCGUAUUGAGGAAUUCAGGUCAAAACUCCGACCUGAUCUCAGGGCUCAAGUAUCUGUCAUACCAACGGUGGACUUCACGGAAGCCUAUGAUCUAAUCGCUAAAGCAGACAAAGAUCUGAAUGCUUGUAAGGAGUACUUAAAGAAAGAAGGUGCUAACACAAGUGAACGCCGACCCACAAAUUCUGUCCCGAGUGGGAAAAGACCAUUUCAAGGACCCAGUAGCUCACACUACUCUAAGAAGGGGAAAUCUGUACAAACCCAAUCAGUGGCGUCUGGCAACAAGUCAAGGGGAUGGAAAAAUCCAAUGUGUAAUAUGUGUGGGAGAAACCAUCCUGGGGAAUAUUGGCUUGCUCAAGGAUUAUGUCUGGGUUGUGGAAAACCUGGACAUUUCCGAAAGAACUGUCCCAUAAAUCCUGGAGAGCCAUUUCCACCUGCCUCUAUUGCCAGCCAGGCGGCAUCAACACGUCCCGCACCCAGUCAACACUCGACUGCAGGAUCUAAUCCUGUAAAAAAUCAAAACCAACAACAAGGACGAGCGCCUGCCCGACAACAAUUCCUUGCAAAUCUUGUUGAAUUACCGUACAAGGAAUUCGACAUCAUUCUCGGAGUGGCAGUGGUGCUGUCAUAUUGGUGUGAGGUCGCCGGAGAUAGCCACAAUCUUUGCCGGAAGUUUCGCCGGAAAAUUUCCAAAACCUCCGUUACGCUUCGAGGACUGCGAGAGAGGACCGCGGGAGAGGAUCGCCGGAAAGGACUGCGAGAGAGGACUGUCGGGGAUGGCCGGACUGGCGGAGAGGACCGCCAGAGGAAGUGGGAGCUCGUCGGAGGGCUGCCGUUGCUGUCCGUGGCUCGCCAGAAGAAGUGGGAGCUUGAUGGACGAACUGGAGUAAUCGCGGCCGCUGCCGUCCGUGGCUCGCCGGAAGAAGUGGGAGCUCGUCGGAGGGCCGCCGCUGCUUGAAUGGCUCGCUGGAAGAAGUGGGA